AUGGAAGAGACUACUGAUUAUCCUUCAUGUUCACUUCAAAAUUCAUUUAUAUCAACAUUAGAUCAUUUACCGUGUGAUAUUGUCCGAUCACUUUGGUUAAUUCAAUCAUGUAAUUUGAAAAUUGAUAAAUAUAAACAAGAAUUAAAUGAUUUAUUAGAGAAAUAUACCACCACCACUACCAACAGGGAACCCAGUCCUAUGACUUCACAUUUUUUAAAACGAAUAGUGGAAUUGAAAAAACGAAUUCAAUAUUUAUCACGAGAAACCAUUCAAGAAUCACGAGCCAUGAAUAAUCAAUUAAUUACUCACAAAUUGAACUUACUAGAAGAAAUGAAUCAAUUAAAGAAAAUCGAAAUAAGUAAACAUAAUUUAAUUGACGAUGUUGAAAUGAAAGAAUUAAGACAACAAUUGAAAACUCAUUAUAAUGAACAUCCAUUGGUUUCUCAAAUGGAAGCUGUUCAAGAACAAAAAGAUUUAAUAACAAGUUCUAAUGAUAAGAGUAAAAGUAAGAGCGAUAACGGUGAUAAUACUAAUGGUAUUUCAAAAUCGAAAAUUACAGAGAAACCAGAAAAAUCAAAACUUAAACUAAUAUUAAGAAUCCCUAAGCAAGAUAAAGUUAUCAAACCUAAGAAUAAGAAAGUUGUCAAGAAAUUAGAAAAGAAACCAACAUUACAAAAGAAACAUACCAAAAGGAAAACAGAUAUUACCAAAGAUGAUAAGAAAUCAACCAAAUCAAAGAAGAAAGUUCAAGAAAUAAUAGAAUUGAAAGAAGAACCAGGAGCAAAAUCAGAGGAAGAAGAAGAAGAAGAAGAUAAUACUCUUUAUUGUUUUUGUAAACAACCAUCAUUUGGUAAUAUGAUUUCUUGUGAUAAUGAAAGUUCAUGUCCAAAUGGAGAAUGGUUUCAUUAUAAAUGUGUUGGAUUGUUAAAUCGAGUGGAUGCAUUGAAGUAUACAACGGGGAAAGAAAGUUGGUACUGUUCUGAGAAUUGUAAAUCUAUGGCUUUGCUGGCAAAACAGAAAAGUGAAAAAAUCCUGAAAAAGAGGAGGAAACGAAGAAACCAUUGGUAG